AUGUCGUCAUGCGGAGCAAGUGCCUUGGGCAAUCCACGACUUCGACCACUUCUUCCCGCUCCAGUGCCAGACGAAUCAGCGGUCAAAGCUUCGAGCUUUCUGGUCACGUCGCAACAUGUGGCCGUGCCGAAGAGGCGUUCGAUCGGCGUCGCUUGCGAGGAAUGCCGACGGUUGAAGAUCAAGUGCGAUGGUGUGAGGCCGCGAUGUUCAAAGUGUGCUAAACGAAGAGUCGAGUGCGUCUACAACACUUUGGAGUGCGAAACUCACGUGCAAGGAAUAAAGCGUAAGUAUAGUGAGCUUGCUGAAAAGGUAUCCGUGUACGAGGAACUCUUCGACGCGCUUAGGACUCGGACAGAGGAUGAGUCGCGAAUGGUACUGUUGAAGCUCCGGGCUGGCGCGAGCCCUGGCUCAAUCGUGCGCCAGAUCAAGGAUGGAGAUCUAUUGCUGCAGCUCUCGCUUGUGCCAGAGACUUGCACCCGCUACGAUUUCCCGUAUAUCAGCCAGAUGCCAAGACGUUUGCGGACUCCAACGAACAUCUACCUGAGCUCUGUGCUUUACGAAGCCGCGUGCCCCUCCACGGCUUCGUUAUCAGCUGUUGGCAGAGUCUCUCGCUCGUAUCACAGCCCGUACGUAAAACCGUACCACGCCGCAGAGAUGAUUGAUGCCCAGCUGGCAGACGCCAAGCCUUCCAACUGGACUGCCGUUAGCUCGAAUGACGCGAUGUUGCGCAGGCUUCUCGAAAAGUUCUUCCUACAUGACUAUCCUCGUUACGUCUCCUUCCACAAGGACACUUUCCUGGUGGACAUGAAGAAUGGCCGGCAUGAGCACUGUUCAUCAUUGCUCGUCAACGCCAUCCUAGCUUCUGCUUGCCGUAGCGAUCAGAGCCUCCCGGACCGCUCGCGAUAUGGGAAUCCGCAUGGUCUUGCGUACAAGUUCUUCGCUGAAGCAAGGAGGCUCUGGGAGUUGGAAGCUGGACGAAGCAAGCUUACCACUAUUCAGGCUGCCCUUGUUAUGAAUACCAUCUAUGCCGCGGAUGGUGUGGACAGAGUUGGAUUCACGUAUCUGCUUCAGGCGACGGCCAUGGCACAUGAUAUCAAACUCUUCGCCACAGUGGAUGCGAAUGUAACGGUCUGGAAUGCUGCCAGUCGUCUGUUCACCGCAUGGGGUCUUUUUAAUUGGCAGGCACAACACUGUUACUACCUCUUCCGACCGCCUUUGCUUCUGCGGUCCCCACCACCGCUUCCCGAUCCGAGCCCAGGCCUCAAAUUUUAUCCCGAGAUCUUGAUUCGAUAUCCCUCGGAUCAACUGCUGUUCUCAUUGUCUUUUGGCUACAGCUUCAAGGUCGUGUGCGAAUUUCGCAGCAUCAUGAACGACCUUACGCUGGAACUCCUCGAGGCAAACAACGUCGCCAAGAAACUCUCGUGGGAGCGGGCGAUCAGUUAUCGGGAUAGGUUGGAAGCGUGGUAUAGAUCACUACCGCCGCCUCUGUCACCAAGAUCGCUCAUCAUGCCUACCCAUUUCACCAUACAUUCAGAGUAUUAUGGCAUGCUUGUCAUACUGUUCUCAGUGCAAACCCUGCGCGAUGACGUGAACGGAGAGGACGCGGAGAGCCGCGAGCGGCUUCGCAAAUCUCAAGAAAUCAUAACAGACUCAUUGAUUCAACUAGAGACGCUGCUCCGGCUAUACUACCUGCGCCACGGAUACGAACAGUACGACCCGUUCGCAAUGCAUUUUUUGGUUUUGCUCGCAAAUUCAGCCUUGGGUGCGAUCCAGUCGACAGCGGAGAGCUCUCUGGACCUCGAGGCGGAAGAGUCGUUUCGAUCGACGCUUGUGCUGUGCAUGAAAGGGAUAUACGAUCAAAGCAAGAACUUCUACGUUGCGGAAGUCAUCUACCGUCUGCUCCAAGCCCGUCUUCGCGCACAGGAUCGAUCGCUGAUAGAGCGAUAUGUGAGCGUCGAUUUUACGGCGAGAGAUGACAGAAUCAUGAGCCAGGAGCUUCAAGCGCAAUGGGUCGUGCCGACGCCAGCCCGCAAUGGCGAUCCUGAUGGUUCGCGGUUGGAAAAGAUGACUGCAGAGUAUCAGCAGCUAUCGAUGGAUUGUGAGAAUGAGGCACAUAAAGAUGGGCUGUAGCAUCUUUCACGUGUUUGUCCAAGAUGCGGUCAUGCUCUAGAAACUGGCGAAGAAAAGAGUUUGGGCGGUAGAGUCGUUUGGACCGAGUUCAUCGCAAUUAGAACAAUU